UUCCAGCACUUUUUACCAGCCCCACCAUUCGUAUAAACAUAGCGUAGCGGUGCACACUUUGCGGCGUUUAGUCGCUAGUUAACCGUGCUCGUUUCACAGUACAUAUUCGUUUCCACGCUUCGCGUUUCGUGCGACGAUCGACGUAGAUUUUCAGCCAAGCUGCCACGAUUCAACGAGGCUAAUUAACGAGUAUUCUAUACUUUGCAGACGAGAUUAAUGGAAACGCGUGUUCGAAGAGUGUUAAAAGUUUCGUCGAAACGGAAGAAUCUGUGCGGUGAUACGAAAUGAACGAGACGAGUCCUCUUCGUUCGAGUUUUACCUUUUAUCGCGUGUAUUUGGUAUAUCGUGCGUUCUGUCGUGUCGACGAUCUUUGGUAACGGGCGAGAGAAUUAUCGGCAAAGUUGAAAGAUAAUAGCCGGUUAGUUGGAAAGUGUAGCUGCUGGACACGGUGGAGCAAGAGACAAAGCGAUCGACGAGGAAAGAACAGAGGAAGUAGGAACGAAGGGGAAGCGAGUUAGAACCGGCAUCGCGAACCUUGAAUCUCGCGUCUAACGAGGUGAACGAAGGAAGCUCUCUGGCGUUGUAGAGCGUCGGUGGAGAGGAUCGUGACGGUAAAAGCGGGUCAAGGUGUCGAAGACGACAAGCGGUCGUCGAGAUAUCGGCGCGAGGUGUUAGCGAGUCUCCCUGGAAAAACAAAGCGUCACGCGACUCUGUUAACGAUCUGCUGGCUCCCCUAUCAGGCGCGUGAUCGUUAAUCAACGAUCGGGGAUCAUCGUGUUUGGACUUUCUCGGAGUCAUCGUCACGCGACUCCGUACACUGUCAACGGUCGACAGGGGAACGUCGAGCUGUGAUCGUCGACCGCUGUCGUCUCCAUCGGCAGUCGAUCGAGGAAAGCCGUUUCUUCUACACGAUCCUCCGACGAUCGUCCGUCGGUUUUUUCCUCCACUUGGCAAACUUUGUUCUUUUCUCGAUCGCGAAUCGAACCAACACGACUGCGUUACCUAGCGUUCGCUAUAACGCGAUACGGUGCGUUUCGUUCGUUUCUCCUUGCUCGUGAUCCAAGCUGCGCUUGGCGACACUCAAGCCUGUCGAACAAUUUCGGUCGCGUUCGGCCAAAUAGCAAAGAUUUUUAGAAACUUUCUUAAACGCUCUUUCCACCAAUCUAACUCGAACUCUACGUUGGGUACAUGGAUUCGCGUUGCUCCUGUCGAAUUCAAGACUCGGUGUAUCAAGAAUAUCCCUGUGUUCCAACGAGAAACGGGACAGUCAGUUGGAUUCCUACGGCCAAACUAGACCUUUUCGCCUCUGUCCUGCGAAACAUCGAGAAGCUCGCAUAGCCGGUGUCUAUCCUAUCGAGAAAGCUUGCCAACUGCGAGUCGAUCAUUCGGCCGAUGACAACCGAUGACAACACAGCUCGAUUCGUCUGCAUACGAUUUAAAUCUCCGUUGAUCGAGAUUGUUCGAAAUCGAUCGAGCGAAACAUCGUGAAUCGAUAACGACACGACUCCACGUAUCGGAUAGCUUUUACCGAUUUCACCGAAUACGUAUACACGCACGCCUAUAUACAUAUACAUAUAUAUAUAUAUAGAAAUUGGUUUCUUAAAGGGCACGUUUUGGUUAGUUCUCGAGAGCACCGAAAUACAAUAUGGAAAUCGACACGAGUAACAGAACGAACAGGUCGACCGAGGAGUUAGCCAAGCGACGCGUCUCCAUUAGCGAUCAGAUCCUCGGCAUGGAUAAUCCCAACUUUGAUCAUCAUCGGCGCAUAAGCGCCAGCUCCGAGUAUAAUUCCGAUCAGGGUCGCGGCAAAUCGAUACUGCAACAUGGAAGUAGUAACUAUGGUAGCGCGGAGAAUAUUCCGCAGCACAAGUUCGAUCUCGAGAACGGCAGGAUCAAUGGAAACAGGAAGAAGUCGGCGCAUAGCUUGACCAGCUCCAUUAGGGACAAGCUCGAGUACUCGGAGGAGUUGGAACGAUCAUGGUUGUACCUGUUUUGCGCGCGAUGCCACGGUCGCGACGAUACGCCAUCAUGGGAGCCGACGGGUUGGAGGAAAGCCUGUCCGCAACCGUUUUGUCCGACCUACCGAAAAUUCGCUCGACUAUUGUGCCUGUUCCUGUUAGGGCUGCUGCUCUGGGGCAUCGUGUAUACGAUACUAAAAGAUGACGCCGCCCCCGGUGGUCAGCUUUUCGGUCUCGCCACCCUUUGCUUAGCGGCGCAUUUUGGCGGAUGGCUAUUCUCCUUGACCACCCUUCCUGCUCUAAUCGGCAUGUUGAUCACCGGUAUUAUACUGCAGAAUGUCGGCCUGGUGUCCAUCGAAGGCAACUACGUCACCGUUGUCUCCAAUUUGCGAAAGGUCGCUCUAGUUAUUAUCCUUACGAGAGCCGGUUUGGACUUGGAUCCAAACGCCCUGAAGAGGUUGAAAGUUACGGUGCCGAAGCUCGGUCUAAUUCCAUGGGUGGUCGAAGCACUCGUCGUAGCUGUACUAACGAAAUAUCUUCUUAAUUUGCCCUGGAUAUGGGGUUUCUUGCUUGGAAGCGUAGUAGCUGCUGUUUCGCCGGCCGUUGUAGUACCUUGCCUCUUCAGGUUACGUGCCAAAGGUUACGGAGUUGCCAAGGGCAUUCCAACUUUGAUCAUCGCUGUGUCUGGAAUCGAUGACGCAGCAUCAGUGGCGAUCCACGGGAUAAUAAAGAGCAUCAUGUUCUCCCACGAUGCGCUCUGGUAUCAGAUCCUCCAGGGUCCUAUUGCCAUUCUCGGAGGUCUUGGAUUUGGAGUCCUAUGGGGUUGGCUGGCUAAAUAUGUUCCGGAGAAGGGAGAUCCUUUCAUGGUGCCUAUGAGAGUACUGAUGUUAUUAGGAGGUGGGUUACUGGCAGUAUUCGGAAGCGAGGCGAUCGAGCUAGGAGGUGCUGGACCUUUAGCGGUAGUCGCAGCGGCCUUCGUCAGUUGCUACUUUUGGCAGACACAAGGCUGGGAAGUUGACGACAACCCAGUGGCAACAGCCUUUGAGAUCUUUUGGAUGAUCUGCGAGCCGAUUCUGUUCGGUGUAACGGGUGCUCAAAUCAAGAUCGACGAACUGGAGGGGAAAACGGUGUACUUGGGCGUAAGCUGCCUGCUAGCAGGUAUAGUAAUUCGCAUCAUGGUGACCAUUCUCGUCGGAAUCGGCUCGAAACUGAACCUCAAGGAAAAAGUAUUCAUCGCUUUAUCCUGGAUGGCGAAGGCAACCGUGCAAGCUGCACUUGCACCGACUACUCUCGAUAAGGUGGACCCGAAUGACCCGGAACAGGUGUAUUAUGCCGAGACUAUGGUGACCAUGUGCGUCCUGUCGAUUCUCCUCACCGCUCCAGCCGGUGCGAUCAUUAUCUCGCUGACAGGGCCGAAACUUCUAAAGAAAACCACGGUUCCUACGGCAUCUCCCGAGGGCUGGAAAGCACGCAGACCCUCGAUUCGAGACAUUUCCAUCAUCAACGAAGACCCAGACCUCGAGGAGACCGCAACCGAGAGGAAGGCUUGAGGCGUUCCCCUUGAACGGGCACGGACGCGACCUCUUUCUCCCUUUCUCCCUUUCUCCCUGUUCCACCUCUCUCUCUCUCUCUCUCUCUCUCUCUCUCUCUCUCUCUCUCUGUAGAUCUUCUCUAGCAGGCAUUUCGCAUUUCGUUUGUAUUUUAUUCCGUUACUUUCUAUAUCUUUGUAUAUCAAGUUCCAGACUCGAACAGGGAAAUGGAAAAAGGUGAUUGGGCUCCCUUGACGAGAUCAUGGAAAACGUACGUGCGGGUAUGCGUUUGUGUACGUAGGUCGAAAUGAAACGAACCUGCGAAAUUGCAACGGUCAAGGUUAGCUUGACGAUAUACCGUCUCUUAUUCGCAGAUACACGGUCAUCGUUGAUAUUUUUAUUUCCGAUAUUUUCUGCUCAUCCGCGGUAUAUUCGCCAACUAUGUCUAUUUAGAGCACGACGCGUUGUUUUUCAGAUCAGAUUUUUAGUUCGUACAUUCACGGUCGGUUGUUCGAAAUCCUACAUAGAUCGUUUAGCAGAAACAAUGGGUUGUUUCAAAUCUUACGUAGACAAAUAGAUAGACGGGGUUGGAUGAAGUGUUUUCGACUGGCCAAUUGCGAUGAUUGUUAUUAUCUUCUGACGAACAAGCCCUUUGUCUUAUUAUUUUCACUCCCAUAUCCGAAUAAGAUAAACAGGUUAGAGAAUAAUUUGGAUAAAAUCGUGAAAGAAACUUGGCGCAACGUCAAUCAGAAUCGAAUAUCGAUCGUACCAGCUAGAUUCAUAGAGAUUAAAAAGCGUAUUAAUAUCACAAUAUUAAUUUUAGAUUAUUUUUCGUUGUUGCUACAAAAUGAACGGAGAAAAUGUACAGAGGAAGACUUAGGAUAAUGCGGAAAACUGCUUUAUUCCGACAAAAUCUGUCCUCGAUACAAUAACAAUAAUAACAAUAAGAAUAAUAAUAAGAAUAGUAAUAAUAACGAUGAUGAUGAUAAUAAUAUAAGCAAAGAAAGAACGUUCGUUAAAUUUAAUUCGAUCGUUAAAGAUAAUAACCCUAUGGGUUAGGGGUAACAAAAAAUUAAGCAAGAAGAAAAGAAACUUUUCUAUAUUGUUUUAAUUUUUUUCUUUUCCCGAAUCAAACGGUCUAGAAUACCGACACAGAAUUGCAAAAUUUCGUUAUUAUCAAAACAAAAAGAGAAUAACACCGAGAUACUUUCUCACUCCUCUCUCACUCCUGCACGCUGGUCGCAAAUAGUGGAAUGCAGCGAAAAAGAGUGGAAGGUAUCCUCUCUUUUCAAGCCAAUACGUCGAGUUAAUAUUAUUUGAUAUUACUUUACUUAACGAUCCUUUGUGAUUCGACAAUUCUCUAUGCCCAGUCAUCGCGAAAAGUUAAAUUAACGUUCCCUAUUUCUUCUCUUUACCGUCCAACAUCGCCACAGAAACCGUAUAAUAUAACGUGUAGAUUAAAAAACUUUGAAACGUAUCUGAGCAUCGGUGUGUCUUCUGCUUCGAAGCGUCAGCCGACAUCUUGAUUCUAGUUCGAGAAAGAUGACUUUGCGUAGUAAAAGCUCCGAUAGCAGGUGAUGGAGCAAUUUAUCAACGAGCUUCGUUUUCAGAAAGUGAAAUCUUGUCGCGAUCUUACGUUGUAGUUAACGAUGCGCAUAUACGAAAUCAUACGAAAUCGCGCGAAAUAGUGGAGAAACGUGGCAUCGUUUCUGAAUUUUCAAGUUUAGAUCUGUUUAAACGAAAAGUCCUAACUUUCGUUCUUUUUAGCGUUUAACGUGACCAAGGAAUUAUAAUGCUUGGAUAAUGCUUGCGAUAAAAAUGAAUAAUUAUAAGAUAAAUAAGAUAAAAUGAUUCGGUUCGAUGAAAAGAAAUUUUACUGUUAGCAAACAUAAUCGACAAACAUUUUCGUACGCGUAUGUAAUCGACGAAUCUUGACAUUUAUUACAACACAAUCUAAAUGUGUAAAGGAAUGUAAGAGAAAAGAAAUAAAGACUGUUGUGAUUUAA